UAUACAUCUGUGAAAACUUAAGCUAUUUGCCCACUAAUGAUGUAUAUUGCAAGUGAAAAUAUAAUUGCCUGUAUUUGCCAGAUGACAUAAGACAAAGGGGCAAAAUAAAGUGGGAUUAGCACAACCUUACUUUGAUCAAGAGUUGAGUAAGAGAGUAGUAAGCCAUGACAGACAGGACAGUGCAGACGAGCUGAGUGUGAUAAGACCUGGUACAGACUAUGGAUUAACAAGUGGCAGAAUAAUACCUGAACCUGCUGGAAAGACAUAUCACAAUAUCAUCUUGGAUGGUUCCCACUCUUACAUAAGAACUUCCUCAUUAUGAAACAUCCACAGAAUCACAGAAUCACAGAAUCCCAGGUUGGAAGGGACCUCAGGGAUCAUCUAGUCCAACCUUUCUGGGAAGAGCACAGUUUAAACAAGAUGGCCCAGCACCAUGUCCAGACAACUCUUGAAGGUGUCCAACGUGGCCGAGUCAACCCCUUCCCUGGGGAGAUUAUUCCAAUAGUGACUGUCCUCACUGUGAAAAAUUUCCCUCUGGUGUCCAAUCGGAAUCUCCCCAAGAGCAACUUGUGUCCAUCCCCCCGUGUCCUGUCCGUGUGACUCUGUGUAAAAAGGGAGUCUCCAUCUUCUUUGCAGCUGCCCCUUAAGUACUGGUACACGGGGAUGAGAUCCCCUCUGAGCCUCCUUUUCUCAAGGCUGAACAAACCCAGCUCUCCCAGCCCAUCCUCAUACGGCAGCUUCCCAGUCCUCUGAUCAUCUUGGUGGCCCUUCUGUGGAUCCCUUCCAGCCUGUCCACGUCCUUUUUGUACAGCGGGGACCAGAACUGUACACAGUGCUCCAGGUGUGGCCUGACAAGCGCUGAGGAAAGUGGGAUAAUGACUUCUUUCUCUCUGCUGGCGAUGCCCUUUUUGAUGCAGCCCAGCAUCCUGUUGGCCUUCUUGGCCGCAGCAGCCACUGUUCCCUCAUGUUGAGGCUCCCGUCCACCAGGACCCCCAGGUCCCUUUCCACAGAGCUGCUCUCCAGCCAGGUUCUUGCUGGCCCACUCCUCCAGCCUAUCCAGAUCUCCCUGCAGAGCAGCUCUCCCUUCUGGAGUGUCUACUGCCCCACUCAACUUGGUGUCAUCAGCAAACUUCAUCAGGCUACACUGGAUGCCGUUAUCCAGAUCACUUAUAAAGAUGUUGAAUAACAUUGGGCCCAAUAUUGAUCCUUGGGGGACUCCACUAGUGACAGGUUGCCAGUGUGAGAAAGAGCUAUUUACCACCCCCCUUUGGGUGCGGCCUGUCAGCCAGUUCCCCACCCACUGCACAGACCACUUGUCUAGGCCGUAACACAUCAGUUUCUCCAGGAGGAGACUGUGGGGGACCGUAUCAAAGGCCUUGGAGAAGUCCAGGUAGACAGUGUCCAGCCUCCCGCCCCAUGUCAGCCAGGCAAGUCACUUUGUCAUAGAAGGCCACCAGGUUUGUCAAGCACAAUCUGCCCUUAGUGAAGCCAUGUUGGCUUUUCCCAAUCACGUGCUUCAUUUGACUUGUGAUGGCCCUCAGGAGGAUUUGUUCCAUAACUUUCCCAGGGAUUGAAGUAAGGCUGAUGGGCCUAUAGUUACCCGGAUCCUCCCUCAAGACUUACUUGUAGUUAGGGGUAACAUUUGCCUUCCUCCAGUCCUCUGGGACAUCCUAUGCUGUUGAUUUAUUAGUAGUUCCAGGAACGUCAUCAAAAUAGAGAAAAACAUUUUAGAAAUAAACAGAUGGCCUAUAGAGUGAUCCUCCUUCCUCCUGUACUAAAUGGUUAAUAAUUUGUUUAUUUCUUCUUCAUGUGUGGUGAAGGAUUUCAAUCCAACUUAUGAAUUGCUUCCCUCAGGAAGAGGGCAAGUAUUAACAGUCAAAGUAAAGUUUUGAUUCCUGCAGAGCUGAGAUUUGCAGUAAUGUCUGUUUGUCCUUUUCUCCUCUCCACAGCUACAGAAUAGGCUGAUUGAGGGCAAGGAGGGCUGGUGUCUGGGAGAAAAAUGAGGGAGAAUGCAGUUGAAAAGCCAUAGAUGGGAUCUUGCAAGCCUGCAUGAAAAUAAUUUGAUUGAAGGACGUCAGCCAGAGUUUUCAGGUUCCACUUCACUUCCACAAGGUAAUGGCAACCACAGUGGUGACUAUGUUAGUAUAGUACAGUAGUGUAGACACAGUGCAGUGGAGGUGUAUACAUGUCUGAGUUUGGGGUAGGAUGUUGUAAGGUGAAGGAAUACCUGGAGACAGGUGCUCUGAAGAAGAAAGAACGACCAACAGCAUCCGAAUUGAUCCACUGGAGCUGUAGAGCUGAGGGUAAAUGAAAAGUAAACAGAAAUUUUCCCCAUACUUUUUCUCCUUCCCCCUUUUAUAGUCUUGCUUGGUGUAGCAUCCAUUCUUUUCUCUUUGCAUUUUGCCUUCCCUCAGUGGUAACCAGCCAUCCUUCUCUUUGUAGCAUUGCUAUCUUUCUGUCUGGUCUUUCCCUGUAAAGUCUCUAUCUCUCUCUGUCAUUUUCUUUUUAUCUCCUUUUAACUGCAGUAAGUUUCUGUUUCCAAUACUAAUGCAACCAGUCUAUCCACCAACUAGUCUAAUCUGCUUCAGUGUCAGUGUGAGUGCAUUCCUCUGCAGUACUGCUUUUAAAUUAAUUUCAACUACAAGGUCUUUGGACACUUAGUCAAAGUACUCACUGUGUGCAUUUGGCUUUUUUUCUGUAUUUGAUGGAGGGUGAACAUUGUCAAACCAUUCAGAGAUUCAUUUGUCCUAGGGUCUGUAACAGUUUCUGCAUGUGCACCUCUCUCAACUAUACUCAGAAGGAAUGGUAUGAAUAAUUUUAACUGGAGUAAGGACUCAAUGUUCCAAGUGGAGCUUGGGACUCUAUUUACGUGAAUAAGAUUGUUAAUAUGUGGUUACUGUGGCUGCUCCAGUCUCUUAGAAGGGUCCAUUGCCCUUUAAAGUUAGCAAAGCCAAAUUGACUUGUGCUCUGUUGUUUUCCACUAGUUCUCAAAAUGGGCCUUUUUUUCUUUUUCUGCUAGCAAUGAAAUCUCAAUGAACCACACAACAGUAGCAGAAUUUGUCCUCUUGGGGCUGACCAACAGCCGCCAUUUGGAGAUCAUCCUCUUUCUGUUCCUUGUGAUUGCCUACUUCUUGAUCCUGCUUGGAAACAUUACUGUCAUCAGCAUUACUCUUAUGAAUCAUUUCCUUCAGACCCCAAUGUACUACUUCCUCAGAAAUUUUGCCCUUUUGGAAAUCACUUUCACCUCCACCUUCAUUCCCAGCACCCUCUACAGCCUUGUGACAGAGAGGAAGAUGAUUUCCCUGCCUGGCUGUUUCCUUCAGAUGCUGCUUUUCUUUUACUUGGGUACCUGCACAUUUUUCCAUGUGGCAACAAUGUCCUUUGAUCGAUACGUUGCCAUUUGCUGCCCUUUGCAUUACACAACAGUUAUGAACAACAGAUUUUGCCUCCAGCUGGUUCUGGCUUGCUGGGCAGUGAGUUUUCUCUUGAUGUUUCCUCCCACCAUUAUGAUUGUCCAGUUGCCAUUCUGUGGUCCCAAUGUCAUGAACCACUUUUACUGUGAUACUUCCCUGUUGUUGCAGCUGUCCUGCACAGACACAGGGUUCAUUGAAGGACUGAUGCUUAUUAUACUAAUUAUCAUCAUACCUGGGACCUUAAUAGUAACUGCUGUUUCUUAUGGCUGCAUUGUUAUCACCAUCUUGCAUAUACCAUCUUCCACAGGUAGGAAGAAGGCAUUUUCCACUUGCUCAGCUCACCUCAUGGUGGUGAUUAUUUUUUACAGCACAUGUAUUUACAGGUAUAUCCGCCCAGCACAGCGAGGUGGGAAGGACUCUGACAAAGUUCUUUCUUUCUUCUUCUCAGUGGUGACUCAGAUGCUUAACCCAUACAUCUACUCACUCAGGAACAAUCAAGUCAAACAAGCCUUAAAGGAGAGCAUAUUGAAGGCAUUUUCUAGCUCCCUAAGGCAGUAGUGAAUGAUCGAGUAGCUCAUCCAAGUGACUGAAUUGUUUCUCCAAUGCACCAUCAGCAUUGUGUAACCGUGAAUAAAAGAUGCUGAUUUUAAAUGGUUUAUGCUUUCUACAUGUUAUGUUGUUCCUUCUUCUGUUAGCAACCAAAAUAUGCCAAUGCAGAAAGGGUCUUCUAGUCCUCCAGUACCUAGACUCAGCUUUGCCUGUGUAUUUUUCCCCCUUGCUGUGGUGGGUUAACCUUGGCUAACAACCAAAUUCCCACCCAGCUGCUCAUUCACACCUUCUACCCUGUAGUGGGCCAGACCAGAGGCAGAAAACAGGAAAAACAGAAGCAAGAAAACUUAUGGGUUGAGGUAGAGACAGAGAGAUGGCUUAACAAUUGCUGCUGGGAGCAAACCAGAUUGGAUUUGGGAAAAUUAAUUUAAUUUAUUGCCAAUUAGUUUUAGUUUGUGAGAAACAAAGUAAAAUACUAAACCAACACCUUUACUUCCCCCUUUCCCAUGUCAGUUUUAUUCGUUCAUUCUG